AUGCAAUUCAAAUACCCUCUUAUUGCUUCUGUUGUUACUCUCUUUGGCAAACUCGCAACUGCCCAUUCUGAAACUGAUACGUGUACCGCUACCCUCGGUUCAUGUACUGAUGGUUUGCAGGCUAGAUUCUUCAAGUAUAUCUAUCCGGAUUAUGCCUAUGAAUAUAGUGAUAAAGAUUAUGUCACCUAUGGUUACGACAGGGAAGAUCGUUUCAUUACGACUUUGACUGGGAUUACCGACGUUAAUUUUUUUCAUUUUUACAAUAUUAAUCAAAAUGGACCAACAUGGGGUGAAAUUAAUGGAUUAAAUAUCACUACUUCUAACUUCACUGUUGAGUAUAGUGGUUGGUUUACUCCGAAGGAAACUGGUGAACACAUCUUUACCAUUGGUCAAACAGAUGAUGCAACCAGGAUUGAAAUUAUGGAAGACAGUUCCUCUUAUUGUUGUGACAGUAGUACUACUAAUUCUACAGUGGUUGAGAGUUAUCAAAUUUACAACAACCCAACUGUACACGAACAAAGUGUCUACUUACAAUCAGGUGUCUCAUACCCUCUUAAAAUUGUUUACUUCAAUAAGGAUUCUGUUGGUAUUCAAACUGUUCACUUCACUGAUCCAUCUGGUGUUGUGCACAAUAACUUUGAUGGUUACGCAAAAUAUUUUAAUGACAUUGUUUGUGGCAAGACUCCUGCCCACACUUCAACUUCAGAAUUGCCUGAAAGUAGUGCAACUGUUACUUCUGGUGUAGGAUGCUCUACUUCUGCUACCGUAUCCUCUACCUCAGGUUCAUAUGAAAGUAGUUCAACUGUUACUUCUGGUGUAGGAUGCUCUACUUCUGCUACCGUAUCCUCUACCUCAGGUUCAUAUGAGAGU